AUGGAAUCUCCAGAUCACGAUCAUGAACCCGAAUCACCAGUCACAGAGGAUGAAGACUCUUUUCCUUGUAAAGGAUGUGGAAAUAUUCUAGAAGAGGGGAAAGCUUUCGAGCUAUCGGGGAACAGAUGGCAUAUCGAUUGCUUCCGGUGCAAUAAGUGCGACACGCUACUGGACUCGGAUGCUAACUUGCUGUUGCUCGGUGACGGCUCCCUGAUUUGUAACAACUGUACAUACAGCUGUGCAGCUUGUCAAAACAAAAUCGAGGACCUCGCAAUUCUUACAGGAGACCAGGCAUUUUGCGCAGGAUGUUUCAGAUGUCGGAACUGCAAGCGAAAAAUUGAAAAUCUCAAGUAUGCCAGAACUUCGCAGGGGAUAUUUUGUAUGAGCUGUCAUGAAACUAUUAUGGCCCGGCGACGAAAACGCAACAAAACGGCAAAGACUCCAACUUUGGGGAGCAAUGCGGCGUCGCCGAUGCUUUCGUUAGACAAGUCUCUCCCUUCUUUGCCAGUGGAAGAUGAUUCUCCCUCAGAUGGCCAUGUAACUCCAACGGAACUAUCACCGCGGCCACGGCCACCAAACACCAGAACUAUAUCUUCAAGAUCAGGCCACACCCCUGAUCAGCUGUCACCGUUAGGAUUUAUUCCUCCAGAAAAUCAUCUUCGCACCACCCCUCGCUCGUAUAAACGAUAUUCACAAAACUCUCAAGUCUCGGAGCACUCGACAGAUAACUCAACCAACAAUGGGACAUAUGAUCCAUAUUCGUUCAUCCCAGUGGUUCUUGACCCUUCACCGCCUGCUCCGGAUCCCCUACCUAGCACGACUUAUAGACCAAACCGAUCAUCUUCAUACAAUAUCUAUCAGAAUCUUCACGAGCGAGACCAAGGCCGAAAUCAGUUAACUAAUUCACGUCCAUCUUUUGAACGCAAUAUAUCCGAACCAUCAAUUCACCUGGAUACCGACAAAGUAAGACGUCCAUAUGUUCCGUCUCAAGGAUCCCGCCAAUACCCAGGCAGUGGAGACGGGCAAGAUAUGAGCAGAAAAUCGCAUGAUUCCGGCCGGGAAAGGUUAGAAAAGGAAUAUCUCUCGAGUGAGGCUUAUAACCCAUCUGCGUAUUAUUCGAAGGAGAAUGAGAGUAUUAAGGCACCUUCACAAAAAUCGAUGAUUUCUCAAAAUCAAAAUCAAAAUUCUCCAGAGAAGAGAGAGAAUUUCAAGCUUGGAGAGGUGCCAAAUGAGAGGAAGAAGUCAGUGGGAACAAUCAGAUCUGUAGAUGAUGAUUAUUCACAUGAGAUCUCGAUUUCAUUUUCUCCAUUGGACCUGGACAUGUCACCGCCAGCAGUCCAUCCAGAAAUACCACCCAGAGGAGACUCAUACAAGCCACCUGUGACAUCUCCGGCAUCUGUGCACAAGAAAUCUUUCGAGUCGCCUAUUCAUUCAAACUCUUCAUCAGGCCGGUCCCAGAGAUCUCAUGGCACAUCAGGCUCGAAUGCAUCAGCCAUAACUGCUGCCGAAUCGCCAGAGGUUGCAAUUUCUAACGCCCAAGGAGCUAGCGAAUCUAGGCCACCCGGUAUCAAGAUCAACACUGGGGCCAUUAUUCCCAGUGCCAAUUACCAGGACACUCCUUCAUCCUCUUCGAGUCAACAAUUACCCCCAUUCUUAUCAAAACCCGUAUCCCAUCCUCGUCCCUCAACUGCACAUGCCACUACUCGCAGCGACAAUCUACACUUGAUGACAAAUUAUGAUCUUUCAUCAACAAUCUUGCCACACCCUUUCAAAUCGCCAGUAAGUGAUUUGAGUAUGGAUGAAGAUAUCGCAAGAGUUUUCGGUGCAGGUGACCAGGCCUCAAUUCUCCGAAGAGUAUCGAAUGCCGUCAGACAUGGACGAAGCUUCAGUGAUUUGGCAGCUAGAACUAGCUCUUCGCCAAAGUGGCCAAGAUCACCAAGUGCCGGUCAUCCAGGAUACAUUCCAUAUAAUACAGAUAUCAGCCCGGUUUUGUCGCUGGAUGCCAAAGAGGAGAAUAUCGUCCUCAAACAAGAACUUCGACGUGCAAUGUUAAGAGUUGCCGAGCUUGAGGCUAAACUAACUCAAGCGGGAACCGCAAAGGCCCUGGACUCCAAUAUCACGGAAAAGAGGAACACAGUUGCUUUGUUGGAAACUGAAAGGGAGGCCUUUUUGCGUGAGCUCAUGGUAAUUAAAGAGAGGGUUGAUGCUGCUAAGGACGGGCAACCACUGAAUAUGGAAGAGCUGAAGUCUGAUCUCAUCCGUGGUGUAACACGAGAAUUAGAAGACCUAAAGGCAACCUUGAAAACAGAAAUCCAGCGCCUUGUCGCUCAAAGAGAUCAAUUGGUUGAAGAGGUCAACAUGUUUGCCCAUACUCGCGAACAGACUAUACAGGACACCGAGCAGCUUAAUUUGAAGAAUGCACAGUUAGCUGAUCUUAACAAUGAACUCACGAGACGGAUUCAGGGUCAGUUCAAAGCUAAUAAAGCACCAGUCAAUGGAUUGGGGAUUUUUACCGGAAAUCCCAUGGAUAUCUUAGAAAGCAUGAAGGGUUCAUCGGAGGAGAAACGGCCACCGACCGCGAAUACAUCUUCAGCGUCGAUGUCAAUGUCAAGCAUUUCAAUUCCCAUCCCUGUCCAGGAUUACCAGCAGCAGCCGCUACAACAUCAGCCAACCCAACCACAAUCCUCACAAUCACAGCUUCAUGCCAACGAUGGGGCCGAGGUUCUAGUAGCUCAGAAGGUUACUACGUUGAAGAAUGGCGCACAACCGAAAAAGACUUUCUGGAAGAAGGGAAGCGCUUCAAUCAUGAAGGGGGCUGGGAAAGGAUUUAAUAAGGUCACAUCUGUCGCCGCUCCAGACGCACCUGGUGCCAAGAUUUUCGGUGCACGAAAGGGCUGGGCGAAGAACAACAAGAGUGGUACAAGCGCUUUAGGUGGGUCCGGAUCUUCUAAUGCUCUUGGAGAUAACGGUGUCCUUGGACUUUUCGGUACCGAACUCGAACAGCGAGCCGAAUACGAGGGCAACCGGAUACCUAAUGUCGUUCAGAAAUGUAUCCAAGAGGUUGAAAUUCGAGGAAUGGACUUUGAAGGAAUCUACAGGAAGUCCGGGGGCGCCUCGCAAAUGCGCCAGAUUCAGGAUGCGUUUGAAAGGGGUGAAGAUCCACAAUUCGAUAGCAAUGUCGACAUUUGCGGUGUAACGAGUGUGCUCAAGCAAUAUUUCCGGAAUUUGCCGAACCCGCUCCUUACAUAUGAGAUCUAUGAGCGUUUCGUUGAAACAACAAAUGAACCAGAGGAUGAAAAGCGAGUAGAAAUUAUAAAGGACCUGAUUGAUGAACUUCCUUCCAUUCACAGGGACUGUUUACAGUUUGUGGUGUUCCACUUGGCCAGGGUUGCCGCGAGGAAAGAAGAGAAUCUUAUGACAACAAGAAAUCUGGCAGUGGUUUUCGCACCAACGUUGCUGCGACACAUGACCGAUGAGCGUGAGAUUACCGACAUGCACGCGAAGAACAACGCGAUCCAGUUUCUCAUUGACCAUAACGAGGUUAUCUUUUGA